AUGUGGUCGACUGCGAAGAUUUCCAUCUUGUUCUUCUUAGGUGUUAUCCUGCUCGGAAAUGUAACGCCGGGCCUCGCUUUAGUCCGUCGCUACAAGUUUGUCCUGGGAAAUUCUGCACACACAAGGCUAUGCACGAACAAGACAAUGCUAACGAUAAACGGACAGUUCCCCGGGCCAACUAUAUAUGCUAGAAAAGGAGACUUGGUCAUAGUCGAUCUUUAUAACCGCGCUAGCCACAAUAUUACCAUCCACUGGCAUGGAGUGAAGAUGCCUAGGUAUCCAUGGUCAGACGGGCCAGAGUAUGUUACACAGUGUCCGGUUAGUCCGGGUACGAAGUUUAGUCAACGGAUUGUAUUAUCGGAUGAAGAAGGAACUCUAUGGUGGCAUGCUCACAGUGAAUGGUCUAGAGCUUCUGUAUAUGGUGCUCUCAUUAUUUUACCCCUCAAAAAUGAAACUUACCCUUUCCCUAAACCUCAUGCUGAAGUCCCACUCCUACUAGGAAGUUAUGGAGGAAUUUCUUGCUAG